UUCUUCUUAGUUGGAAUGUCAAAAAUCAUAAAUAAUUUGGAAAAUUCUUGUUUUUCUUCAAUUUUCCUCAAUUUUAAAGGAUUUUCCCUUCAUUUUAAAUGGCCCUAAUGGAUAUUAUUACGGUGGAUUUCAAGGAAAAACUAAUUGCUGCAGUUCGACGGCAUCCCUGCAUCUACAACACAUCCCUGAGAGAACACACAAUCAUCAGAUACCGAGAAAAUGCUUGGGAAAACAUUGCAAAGGAACUCGGAAGCACAGGAUUCCCUUCUUCCAGUUAACACCACAAAGACAGUCUUCACCACCCUGAGGCAGCAGUUUUCGCGGGAGAUGAAUAAAUUCGAAGUGGACGCAGCUGGCUACGACGGAGAACCCCUCAGUAAUUGGUACUUCUACAAGCAGAUGCGCUUCCUGACGCCCUUCAUGAAGAGAGUGCGGAACGGCGUGAAGAGGCAUCACCCCAGCAGCAAUGCCACAAAUCCCACCCACGACAUGCCCUUUGAACUUAAAGUCCUCAAGACUGAACCCACCACAGAUGAAGAGAUCAUGCUCAGGCAUGGAAUCAUGGAAUCCGAUACGGAUGAGGAGAAAGGCAUCCCACACUCAGGUGAAUCCUCCCGUGAAGAUCGUUUGGGGGAAAUGGAAGGAAUUAAUGUGAGUAUGGCUGCUGAAAGUAGCAGCAAUGCUGAUCCCGAUAUCCUGGCCUGCUAUUCCAAGAUCAUCGAGCAGAAACUACGUGCUCUACCACCGGUCAGAGCGGAGAAAAUUGCCCUCAAAGUCAUUAUGGACUUGAAUGAUGAACUAUUCCAAUGAAAUAUAGAGAGAAUUUAUGAUA